UCCCUAACUAACUAUCUGUAGAUCUAUUAUCCGUCUCUGCUUAAUAUUGACAACGAUCACCUAAGUUCAAUCUUUUUAUUCGACUGGGGUUGUUUGUCAAUGUAUAUCACUUAUGGGCGUCGUUUAUAUCAAACGGCGUCCUGUCUUUUGUGUUUUGUCUCAUGGAACCUUUCCGCUAUACCACGCGACACAGGCAAUUAAUAAUACGUGAAUGUGGUUAUGCUUGAGUCGGAUAUCAAUAUCAUCGCUUUUCUAGACCAGCCACUAUGGAUCGAAGCUCCAAGGCUGCUACUUGUGGACUCGCUUGUAUCCAUGUCUACACUGGUCCUGUCAUUCGAAUUAUUAUAUAGAGGGUCUUGACAUGGGCCUUGCUGCCAAGUUUUACUCUGACGAACUCAGCUUAAAAGGAUAUGGUACACCUCUAUGGAUGCCUGAGUCGUCACCAGAGGUUCAAAUCGGAGACGUCGGUUAUAUCCUCGCUAAUGGGUCCUGGCUGCGUCUCUUUAAUGUUCUUUAUUCUGAAGAUAGUGAUAUUAACGAGGAUGGAGUGCCGGAUGGAUUUCGACCUUUGAGGUUCAAGCUGAAAUUAUUUAAGCGGUGGGAUCGCUUCCUCAAUCCGGGUGUACUGUACAGUAGUUCUGUCAAACAGAUAAGUGCUAAGUUCAAUGCUUCAACUGGUGCGGUACCGAUGGACAUGGCUUGCAGAUACGAGUGUUCCAGUGGUGCAGGUGCUUUGCUUGCUUUACAGGAUCCCGCGGUAUCGGAAGAAGUGGUACACAACCAAAAUUUCGUUGAAUACAUGCGUCGAAACCAUGCGAGUUGGUGCGAGUUUGCACGACGGCAAGGAUUCAUCGUUGAUAGGGAGGACAUCAUACUCGUACGAGGAUGGGUGAAGGCGUCGAGUUGGACGGCCGCCGCAUUCAUGGAGAAAGGUCAUGCGCUGGAACUCAACCUUGGGGUCAAUGCCACACUCUCCGCUAGCUUCGGCGUCUCUGUCGUGGGUUCUGUCAGAACUACCCAAUCCGUCGAAUGUCGAUCUGGCCAUGUCGAAUCAAAUGAACACACUACUAGAUCGAGACGUAUAGCUUCCACUUAUCGCACUGUCUUAGUCCAGGAGCGGACUCCGACGCAUUGUGUCUUUCUCUCAUGCUAUAAGAUAAAGUAUCGGUCGAUUUUGCCUACAAAGAUUGUCGCGGCUGCGGAACCGUCCGAAGAUUCAAAGCGGCCGGAAAACAGUCCUAAUUCCGAUUCUACGGCCACAAUGACUGCUCCAGACACAGCCUCAAGUGUUGAAAUCGAGGUAUGGCCCAAAGAAGAGAAGGCUCAAACUCACGUCGACAAGCUUCUUGACUAUCUACUCGCCGUCACGUCUGCGGAUGUUGCAAUUGCAAGUGAUAUACAUAUAGUAAAUCCGAUGUCUUACAAGGAUGGAGCAGUGCUGAAACAAACAAGAAACGACCAUAUACGAUAGUCACCUCCUCGGGUGUUGCGACCUUCCAUUUGAAAGAGAUCGUGAAGACUUUGACCCCGACUUCGACCCCGAUAUUCGUGGGCUUCACCCGUCCAGCUCGAUCAGGGCUAACUUAUAUGAGUUGAAAGCUCAUAAGCAGAGUUACUAUCGGCCACCUGGAUUUCGGAGAUCCAAGCCUAAACCAUCAACUGACAGGAGUUCUUCUGAAUGUAUGACCAGUCUCGG